UCAAAAUGUUCAAUUGAGUCCCCAAGUAUUUGAUCAAAUUUGAUUGGCGGGUGUUAAACUCAUCCCACAGGUUUAGCCACAGGCGCAGGGUGACCGAGCCUUGUUUGGAUUGGGAUAUUAGAUGGAGGAUUUGUACGCCUUAGAUUUUGACGGAGUUCUCUGUGACAGUUGUGGAGAGAGCUCUCUUUCUGCUGUUAAGGCUGCUAAAGUGAGAUGGCCCAGUCUAUUCAAUGGAGUGGACUCUUCUUUGGAAGAUUGGAUUGUGGAUCAAAUGCAUGUGGUUAGGCCUGUGGUGGAAACUGGAUAUGAAAAUCUUUUACUUGUGAGGCUGCUCUUAGAGACGAGAAUCCCUUCAAUCCGCAAGUCUUCGGUUGCAGAGGGACUAACAGUUGAGGGAAUACUUGAGAACUGGGCAAAGAUAAAACCCAUUAUAGUGGCAGAAUGGAAUGAAGACAGGGAUUCUCUUAUAGAUCUUUUUGGUAAGGUUAGAGAUGAAUGGAUGGACAAUGAUUUGGCUACUUGGAUUGGUACAAACAGGUUUUAUCCUGGAGUUCCUGAUGCACUGAAAUUUGCAAGUUCAAAGCUCUAUAUAGUAACAACGAAGCAGAGCCGCUUUGCAGAUGCAUUACUUAGAGAGCUUGCUGGGAUAACUAUUCCAGUUGAAAGGAUAUAUGGUCUGGGCACAGGCCCUAAAGUGAAAGUGCUUAAGCAACUUCAGGAAAUGCCAGAACACCAGGGUCUGACCCUACACUUUGUGGAAGACCGACUUGCUACUUUAAAGAACGUGAUUAAAGAGUCCGAGUUGGAUGGAUGGAACUUGUAUUUAGGGGACUGGGGUUACAAUACUCAAAAGGAAAGGGAGGAAGCUGCUAGCAUUCCCAGAAUUCGCCUUCUUGGGCUCUCUGACUUCAGCAAUAAGCUGAAAUAAUCUUGUAUUCUUCCAAUUAACUUACAAUUUUUAUUAAAUAAGAGGGUCUGCUGCAAUAUCCUCCGAUAUCCAUAAUUUUCUUAUAAAAUUAUGUAUUCAGCAUCUUGCCCGCUCUGGUCAUCCCAAUGUAUACACAAUUUAGUUUGUGGGAUGGUUUAUGUUAUGUUUGAAUAAAAAUGAUUUUAUCUUCAGGAUUUA